GUCGUUAGCUUUGAAGAGUUCUUACAGAGCGGAAGACGGUUUUGUGUGUCUGUUUCUCUUUGUUUUCUUGUAAAAAAAAACUGUGAAAUUGUUUGUGUAAAAAAUAGCAAAUAAAACAAAAACAUUCAAAAUUGCUUCAAAACUAAAAAUUCGGUGUUGAUUUGCUGUUUACACAACAUGUUGGUCAGGCCUCCCAAGCCAAAAUUUAUAGCUUGGCUAUGCAUAACGUUGACCCUUUGCCAAAGUGUUGAAUUACUUCCUCAGAAAAAAUCAGUGCCUAAUGUAGGGGCAAAGUGUGGCUAUGCGAGUUGUCCACGCAUUGAGCCUCAUAUGCUCAAUGUGCACCUGGUGCCUCAUACCCAUGAUGAUGUGGGCUGGUUGAAAACCGUGGAUCAAUACUAUUAUGGCAGUCAAACUUUGAUACAAAAAGCCGGUGUCCAAUAUAUACUGGAUUCGGUGGUGCAGGAGCUGCUGAAAGACCCUCAAAAACGUUUCAUUUAUGUGGAAUCGGCAUUCUUUUUCAAAUGGUGGUCCGAACAAACCCCUGAACUAAAGGAACAAGUGAAAAUGUUGGUCAAUGAGGGUCGCUUGGAAUUCAUUGGAGGCGCUUGGAGUAUGAAUGAUGAGGCCACCACUCAUUAUCAAAGUAUUGUUGAUCAGUUUGCAUGGGGUCUAAGGCGCCUCAACGAUACUUUUGGCGAAUGUGGACGUCCUCGCAUCGGUUGGCAAAUUGAUCCUUUUGGCCAUUCACGUGAAAUGGCUUCACUUUUUGCCCAAAUGGGGUUCGAUGGCCUAUUCUUUGGCCGUUUGGACUAUCAAGACAAGGAUGAACGUCUAAUGACCAAAAAAGCCGAAAUGAUAUGGAGGGCUUCGGCAAAUUUAGAUGAAGCAGCUCAUUUGUUUACAGGUGCCCUAUAUAAUCAAUACCAGCCACCACCAGGUUUCUGCUUUGACAUAUUGUGUGCCGAUGAGCCAAUAAUCGAUGGAAAACAUAGUCCGGAUAACAAUGUUAAGCAAAGGGUCGAUGACUUCAUUGACUUUGCAAAAAGGCAAUCGAAGUACUAUCGUAGCAACAACAUAAUUCUAACCAUGGGUGGAGAUUUCACCUAUCAGGAUGCCAAUGUUUAUUACAAAAAUUUGGAUAAAUUGAUAAGAUACGCCAAUGCCCGGCAAGCCAAUGGAUCCAACAUAAAUCUCCUCUACUCCACACCCUCUUGCUAUUUGAAGGCUUUGCAUGAUGCUGGUCUAACCUGGCCCACGAAGGAUGAUGAUUUCUUCCCCUAUGCCUCGGAUCCCCAUGCCUACUGGACGGGUUACUUCACCUCCAGGCCCAGCAUCAAACGUUAUGAACGUGUAGGCAAUAAUUUCCUGCAGGUUUGCAAACAGCUGACCACCCUAACGCCCAAUCGUUAUCCCGAGCUCUUGCCCCAUUUGAAUUUUAUGCGUGAGACCAUGGGUGUAAUGCAACAUCAUGAUGCUGUUACUGGCACCGAAAAACAAAAGGUGGCCUAUGAUUAUGCCCGCCACUUAAGUGUGGGCAUGAGAACCUGUGAGGCCAAUUCAAGAUCGGUUUUGAACAUUUUGACUGAGGGUGAAUCGCCCCGAGAGAAACGUUAUGGCAAACCUAGACCUGUUAAAUUCGAAUUCAAAACUUGCUCCCUGUUGAAUAUAAGCAUGUGCGAUGUUUCCGAGCAAAGUGAACAGUUUACUCUGACCCUUUAUAAUCCCUUGGGACAUACGGUAAAUGAUUAUGUGCGAGUUCCAGUGGCUGAUGUUAACUAUGAGGUGAAGGAUUAUAAAGACGUUGUCCUAGACAUUCAGUAUGUCCCAGUUCCUGAAGCAGUACAACUAUUGAAAUUCCGCAAAUCGCUGGCUAAAUAUGAACUAAUUUUCUAUGUUAGAGAUAUACCAGCAUUUGGAUACAAAAGCUUUUACAUUAAGAAAACCGAUGGUCAUCAUAUGAAGCCACAACCAGAUCCAGACAAUAUGUCCAGUUUGGUGGACAUAGGCAAUCAGCACAUUCGAUUGACCUUUGACACCAAUGGCUUUUUGGCCUCUGUAGAUGCCGAAGGUGUUACUCAUAUGAUCAGCCAAGAGUUUCUUUACUACGAAGCUGCUACUGGCAAUAAUAAAAUCUAUGCCAAUCGCUCAUCUGGAGCGUAUAUUUUUAGACCCAAAACCGAUGCUGUUCGCACUGUGGCCGUGGCUCCAGAAAUCACCGUUUAUCGCGGCGAAUUAGUGGAGGAGGUCCAUCAAAAAUUCAAUGAAUGGAUAAGUCAAGUUGUAAGGGUCUAUAAGGAGAGCCGUCAUGCUGAAUUUGAAUGGUUGGUGGGACCCAUACCGGUGGAGGAUAACAUUGGCAAAGAAAUCAUUACCCGCUUUAGUUCGGACAUUAAAUCGGAGGGUAUUUUCUACACCGAUUCCAAUGGACGUGAGAUGAUUAAACGCUUAAAGGAUCAUCGUGAUACUUGGAGAGUGAAAUUGUUGGAACAUACAGCGGGCAACUAUUACCCAGUAACCACCAAAAUCGCUUUGGAGGAUGAACACACCCGCAUGGCCAUUUUAACAGAUCGUGCCCAGGGUGGUUCCUCUUUGAGUGAUGGAGCCUUGGAGUUGAUGAUACAUAGACGAUUGCUGCACGAUGAUGCUUUUGGUGUAGAUGAAUCUCUAAAUGAGACCGCCUUUGGUCAGGGUUUGGUGGCCAGAGGCACUCAUUUUUUGAUAGUAGGCCCUUCACAGCUGGACCAGAGCCCCACCACUCAGUCGCUGGAACGUUUUACCCAGCUGGAGAAAACCUUGGCCCCUUGGAGAUUUUUCAGUGAGACCAAUUACUCCUACAGCGAAUGGAGCGACCAAUUUACAAAUAUUUUCACCGGCAUGUCGGUGAAUCUUCCCCGCCAUAUUCAUCUGCUCACCUUUGAGCCCUGGCAUGAUCAGGAAAUUCUGGUGCGCUUUGAACAUAUCCUAGAGAAAGAUGAAGAUCCUGAAUUCUCCAAAUUCGUGCAAUUCAAUGUCAAAGAAGUCUUUGCCGGCUUUGCCAUUGGCGAUAUACGUGAAACCACCUUGGAUGGCAAUGCUUGGUUGGAUGAAAAUCGUCGCAUGGAAUUUGUCCCUGAUCCCGAAGAACAUUUGUAUGAAAACUAUGCAGUUUUUGCCAAAUCUUUUGAUUAUGUGCAAUUGCAAAAGGCCAGCCGGCCCAUGUACUCCACCCAGUACAAUGAGGAACUUUUGCCCGCUGGAAGUUUAGCUGCAGAAAAUAAUCGCCUUACCAGAAGCAUAAACCGUUCGUCACAUCAGGAAUUAAAUCGGUUGCGUAGUGAAAAGCUAAAGCGCAUGAAAUUUUCUGUGGCCGAAUUGCCAUUGGAGAACACGGAUGAUAAGAAGUUCCUGAUUGAAUUGAGUGCCAUGCAGAUCAGAACUUUUAUUCUGACCUUGGGGCCAGUGGAAAUCUAAAUAAUUUUUUUAAUAUGCAGCAAAUAAUUCACUUUCAUAGCUUACAAAAUAUUUGAUUACAAUAAACUCGAAUAUAAUUUUUUUAAAAAAA